AUGGACAUUGACGCAGACAUUGUCGCGCAUGAAAGCAUGGUUAUUGCGGAGACGGCUGAUGAAUUGGAGUGGUCUAUGGAUGUUGAUGUGGACAUUGUCAUUUUCAGCAUGGACCGACGUCAGGGUCAGUCGCAGUUGUACCGGCAGCAGGAGGCUCAGAAUUAUGAGGAUUGGGUGGCCUUAUCCAAUUCGUUGCGUAUCUGGUUGCCUUACAACGUACCUGGCAGUCGUAGUACUUUCCUUGGCACACAGCACCUAGAUCCAAACAAAUUUUAUGCCAAUUGUUACUCUCCUCAAGAGCCUGGACCUUUCCAACCCUACUCGGACUUGGUCACUCACCAGGCGCCCUCAGCUAAUAAUUUCAGCGUGGACCGAUCUCAGAGUCAGCAGUUGCAGCGACAGUGGGAUGCUCAGAGUCAUGAUGAUGAUCGCCGGGAGGCCCUACUUGGCAGAUCGCAGAGUACCUCAGGCUGGUCGCCAUACAAUAUAUCUGCCAGUGGCAGUCAUACUUCCCCUGGCACACAGCACCUAGCACUCGCUGAUCCCACCAGUUUUGGUGCCGAUUCACAUACUUCAAGUUCCUCUCGAGAGCCUGGGCCUUCAAAAUCCCACUCCGACUCGGUCACCCACCAGGCGCCCUCAGGCACGCCAGCUGAUAGAGUCAGUGGUGUCGAAAUCGACACAAGACUCCUAACAGUACCUCGACUCAACAUCAGCUUGCCAUUACAUCGGUUUAAUCCAUAUCGUAGACCCGGUGCCGUCCAAGCUAGUCGUGAUCCAAUACUUUUGGACUCCAACUUGGAAAUGGUUGGUCCGAGUCAUAGUGUAACAGUAACACCUCCGCCCCUGCCAUUGCGGCGGGGCCUCUAUUCCCUACCGAUGCUAUUACUACGAUCCCGCGAGCAUUUCACGUGUUUUAUAUUCAACGAUCGUGACGGCUUCCUCAUGGAUGCAGACACCUUGAAAGUCGAUCUUAUCGAGUGGGCCAGCGGCGAGCCCAGAGUCCUCGAGGUAUGCAAGAUAAUCCAAACCCAAAAAUUCAUCAAGGAUGAAAUUAGAGAUUGUUUGGCAAUGUGCUGCGAAUCCCUAUACGGCAUCUGGGAUGCCCUUGGCGAGAUGUCUGAACAAGACUUUAUAGCCUUUAUCGCAGACCUUCUUACAGGGGAGAAGUUUCUUAACGGGCCUAUUGAGGUCGAAGGGGUAAUGCGUAACAUUCCCUUUGGACAUGUUGGUAUGCGUACCUCUGUGAGACACUUGCUAUAUUCUGGACUCCGUUACGAGCAGUACAUCAGCCCUAGUUUGAACCUCAAGCCACUCCUCACAUUUGUCAGUCUGGCGAUUGCUUGGGUGUUGUCCCAACACAAAAGUGGAACUUUUGUUAAAAUUGGUUUUUGCUCUCUUAGUAAUGAUGACUCACUCGGUGAACAACCACCGGCCGCGAUGAUCGACUGCGGAGUUAUCAACACUAUUCGCGUUGGCGUGGGCCUCCUCGGCGUGCUCGCCCAAUUCCAUUUUUGCAUCUUGCGCAAGGUAGUCUGUCAGACUCAGAUAAGGAAUGCGUUGGCCAAUGAGCUUGCGGUUUUUCAAGUGAUUAUUAUCGGUGCCACCAAGUCAAAGACGCGAUUAUCACUGGCAUGA